AUGACGUCAGCGACGCUGAGAGGCGUGGCAAAUGAGCUUGCGCAGGGGCACUUUUCUCGCAGCUACGAUCACUACGUCCUUGCUGUGGUCGUGGACGCGACGGAGGUCAAGUACUCGGCGAAAGACCCGUACAUGAACCUGUGGGUGACGGACCCUACCAUUCUCCCGCUAGAUGGCAGCCAGGCCAGCAGCGGGCCGAAGAAGGUCGAAGUCCGGGCCUUCGCCGCGCACGACCGCGACCUCCCGGGCCGAUGCGUCCUGCGCGCCGGCGACCUGAUCUUCCUGCACAAAUUCCGCCCAGACCAGCACAAGAAGAGCGGCGUGCCCGGGCCGCCGAUGCUCGUCGGCGGCUGGAAGGCCGGCAGCGCGAUGGUCGUCUUCUCGGGCGAGGCGCCCGCGCCGAACUCGUCCGGCGUCCCGGCCCUGAAACACCCCCCCUGCGUCAACCUCAAGAUCCGGAACAGUGGCCUGUUCCCAACGAACAGCGCCCUCCAGGCGAUGCUGCAGUACAGUCGCAGCGUGGACCUCAGCCGCAUCCCGGGGGACCGCCUCACGCGCCUGUGCGACCUGCCGCCGCGCACGCCGUUCCAGGACAUCAUCGACGUGGGCGGCGAGCAGGCGGAGCCCGUGGACGUCGUGGCGCUCGUCCUUGCCGUCGACAAACGCAACAAGGUUGUGUGGAUCUGGGACUCGACGGACGUGCUGGGGGGGCCUGACGUGGUCGUGGAUGACAACCUCUACCGCCUGCCGCACGCGAGGCGCCUGACGUACCCGGAGGCCCACGAGGCCGGCCCCGGCGUCGACGUGGUGGACCAGUGGCCGCUCGAGCACGGGUCCGCGGUGCCGGUGAACUUCGUGGGGUCGUGGCAGCAGCACGAUGUGCAGGGGGUGCCGCCGGCGGGGCAGUGGGCGCGGUUCCGCACGAUGAGGUUCUGCGUCGCGGACCACCAGGUCCAGGGCAUCGUGUCGCACGUCACCGCCAUCACGCCCGCCAACUCCUGCGGGUGGUCGCUCAGCAACGCGACGGCCAGCGGCGGAGGGCCGCGGCCGCGCGACGCAAACAUCCCGGAGACUGCCGCGAUGAUCGCACAUGGCCAGGAGCCGGGGGAGCUGACCGCGGAGCAGGUGUGGGAGUACAACGUCGUGAAUUUCCGCACCGCGAGCGUGCACAUGGACAAGCCCUUCAGCCGCGUGCGCGAGGUCCUCGACAGCGCCCGGGCCCACCUGCACGACCAGGACUACACGCGGCGUUUCCGGCUCGCGUGCCGCGUCGUGGCGGCGCACUGCGACGCGAGCGCGCCGCCGGCGUCGGGGGAGGAUGCGCAGGGGCCCGCGGGCGACGUGCGCGACGACGAGCCGCAGACGCAGCAGGCCGUGGACGUGUUGCUCGAAGACUCGUCAGGGACCCUCUGGGCUGUACUCAUGGCGCGUGAUUCGGACGCUGCGGGGGGCGGCGAGGGCGAGGACAACCCGCGCAGUGUGUCCUUCCACAGAGCGAGCGUGCUGCGCUGGGCCGGCGAGGCCGGCGCCGCAGGCGCGCAUCCGUCGCACUUCCUGGACGUGACGGUGCAGUGUCGGAUGCUCCCGGACGCGGAGGGCGGUCUGCGCCCGCGCUACGUCAUCGUAAACACAGUCGUAGUUGGCCUCCCUGAGGCCACGCAGGACCGUCAGCCGAAGCGGGCGCGCGUGUGA